UUCAGUUUCAAUGAUUUUAUACAACAGAAACACACUAUUCCCAAUUCAACCUAAUAACAUAUGAGGUUCAAAUCAGUUCAGUUGAAGAUAGGAGAUUGUGUAGUAUGAACAGGUUUUGAAUAACGAAACAAAUACUGAUUACAAUACGAUUAUACCGUUAUUAUUCUCGCGUUCGCCAGUCGUCGGUCAUUCAUCACAAUAAAUUGUUGAAAAAUAGUCAACUCUUGUUAUAAAAAUGGAAAAUUUAUCAACUCUGUACGAACAUUACACUUCGGGUGGUAUUAGUCGUGGUUUGUCAGUGGAUCAGCCGUAUUUCACGUUGAAUAAUAAGAAUAUUUCCAUAUAUAGUGGUUCUAUGCAUUAUUUUAGAGUUCCCAGUGAAUACUGGAGAGAUAGAUUGAAAAAAAUCAGAGCUGCUGGGUUGAAUGCUGUGGAAACCUACGUGCCUUGGAAUUUACAUGAGCCUCAACCAGGCAAGUAUGACUUUGGAGAAGGAGGAACGGAUAUGCAAGAAUUGCUGAAUAUUGAAAAAUACCUGAAAACAGCUCAAGAAGAAGACCUUUUUGUGAUUGUUAGACCAGGACCUUUCAUUUGUGCUGAAUUCGAAUUUGGUGGUUUACCAAGCUGGCUAUUGAGAGAAAAAAAUAUCAAAAUACGAACAUCUGACGAAAAAUUCAUGAAACAUGUCCGAAGGUAUUUCAAUGUCCUCCUAACACUGCUGGCAACUUUUCAGUUCACCAGAGGUGGACCGAUAAUAUCUUUUCAAGUAGAAAAUGAAUAUGGUAGUACUGAAGAUUCGGAUGCCGAUCCACCUAUCAUUCCCGAUUUGAAAUAUAUCGAGGAACUCAGGCAACUGAUGAUAGCAAAUAACAUAACUGAGUUACUUUUCACGUCAGACUCCCCAACAGGUCAUGCAAGCAGAGGUUCUCUUUCAUCUUUAUUUCAAACAGCCAAUUUCAACUCAGACCCAGAAAAAGAGUUCGACAAAUUGAAAGAGUUGCAAAAAAAUAAACCGUCUAUGUCAACUGAAUAUUGGGCAGGAUGGUUCAACCACUGGUCUGAAAAACACUAUAUAGGAAAUACAGUAGACUUCACUAUCACCUACGAAAGAAUAUUGAAAUAUCCAGCCUCUGUAAAUUUAUAUAUGUUUCACGGAGGUACAAGUUGGGGUUUUUUGAACGGAGCUAAUAUGGCAUCUGUGAACCAGUCCGAUUAUCAACCAGAUAUAACCAGUUAUGAUUAUGAUGCACCUCUUACUGAGUAUGGUGACUAUACUUCUAAAUAUUUUGCUGUGAAACUUCUCUUGGAAAAAUUCAAUCCAAUCAAAACGAAACUACCAGAAGUGCCAAUUGUGAAAAAACCAGAUUCUUAUCCAUCUCUGAAUAUCAGUGAAUUUCUUCGAUAUGAAAAUAUAAUUUCACAACUACCUGAUCAGGUGGAAAGCAGGAAUCUCAUUUCAAUGGAAAACUUACCCAUCAAUAACAAUACUGGUCAACAGUUCGGAUAUAUUAUAUAUCGUAAAAGAUCGGUGACCAUAAACAGAUUUGCUGUUUUGAAGAUAUUGGGUUAUGUUUAUGACUCUGUAAAUGUCUACGUUAACAAUGAGCUGAUUACCAAAAAUGUUGUCGAUCUAGAUUCUUUCGGUUACUGGAGGAAAGAGAAUGGAUCGAUUAACUUAGGUUCCGACAAAGUUAAAGAAAAUGCUACCAUUGACAUUAUGGUUUGCAACAUGGGAAGAAAUAACUUUGGUUCUCUGGAUCAAUUCCGACAAUUCAAGGGUUUAUGGCAGGGGAUAUUACUCGAUGACCAGGAGUUACUCGAUUGGGAAAUUUAUCCUGUUGAAUUCAAGAAGUCUUGGAUUUCUAACCUCAGUGGUUGGACCACUUUCGAUGCCUCCUCAACACCUUUAAUAGGAGCAGGCUUAUAUAAAGCUGAAUUACUCCUGAAAGACUUGCAUGAUACUUUCAUCGAUAUGAGUAAAUGGAGGAAAGGAUUAGUUAUCGUAAACAACUUUGUAUUGGGUAGAUUCUGGAAAAUUGGCCCGCAGCAGAGUCUCUAUAUCCCUGCACCUUUUCUGAAAAUUGGUAUAAAUGAAAUAAUUGUAUUUGACGAGUUCUCUUCCGGGAAAAAUGUAUCAUUCUCUGAUGAACCUAUAUAUCUCAACAACUUCGUCGAUGAUUUAUUUGAAUUGAGUUAACGUUUACUGUAUUCAGUUACGUUUUCAGUAUUCAUUGAAUGCAUUUUAAUGUAAUAAUUAUUGAAUAAAUAAUUUAAUUCAUCAAUA